AUAUAUAUAACAAAAUAUUUGACAUUUCAACCAUUUCUACAUGUAAAAUCCAGUGGCACCAUGUUGUGCAGCCAUCAUCACUCACUCCAUUUUAUUUGCAUCACUCUUAACACACACUCAGUACCCCAUAAGCAACAACUCCCCAUUUUCCCCUCCCACCUGCCUGCUCCUGGUAACUACUAAUAAACUUCGGUGUAUGUGUACUUGCUUAUUCUAGAUAUUUCAUAUAAGUGGGAAAUUAUAAUAUUUGUCUUUUGUGUCUGACUUAUUUCACUCAGCAUGGUUUUAAGGUUCCUGCAUGUCACAGCAUGUAUCAAAACUUCAUUUCUCUUUAUGGCCGAAUAGUAUUCCAUUGUAUGGAUCAACCACAUUUUGUCUAUCCAUUCAUCUGUUGAUAGACACUUGUUUCUUCUACCUUUUGGCUGUUGUGUUCUGUAUUUUUUUUUAAUUACCUGUUUACCCUUGCUAAAUUUUGAACUUGAGGUUCACACAGAAAAAUUUGAUUUCCUUUUGUCUUUUUUAAAUGCCUGAUCCAUAAAACUUUUAAGAGAAUGUUUUAUUUAAGCUGCUGAUUUCCAGUCUUCUCAAAGUUUCCAGUUAUUAUAAAAACAACAUAUUUCAGAAAUUUCUGUAAGUUAGACUUAGAAAAUUAAAGAGUCUUAGUUAUGAUAUUGGGUGGAGUCCUUUGGUGGCACAGUUAACUCUUUACUGCUAACUCAAAAGGUUGGAGGUUUGAGUCCACCCAGAGGUACCUCGGAAGAAAGACCUAGUAAUCUACUCAGAAAAGUCAACCAAUCAACUGUUGAAAACCCUGUGGAGUACAGUUCUACUCUGACACCCAUGGGGUUGCUAUGAGUCAGAAGUGACUCAGCAGCAACUGGUUUCUUUUCUUUUUUUUUUUUUUUUAUGAGAGUAGGAAACUUUGUCCAAAUAUGUUACAGUCUCCUCCUUUUCCUUUUCUUGAUGUGGUCACCCUAUUAGUUUAAACAAUGAUAGAAUAGUUCUAAGAAUGAUGAUGUAAGGAGAACAGAAUAGAGAUCUAGGUGUGCCCAUGUCUAGACUAAAAUUUGUUUAGACUUAGCAGGAAGGCAGAGUUUGGCAAGAUAGGCUUCUUUGUUUUUUAUAUCUGGAAGAGGGUUUUUUAUUUUCUCUUUAGUAUUGACUUGUGAGCCUUCUGGUACUUGAUGUGUUGGGGGUGGGGGGAGUUAGAUCCUAGCAUCAAUCUAGACUAUCUCUGUUCCAUAAAUCACAUUUUCAUAUGUUCAUAGAAUUAAGUUUAUGUUGAUGUGAACUUAAAGCGAAUCAGUGGGAAAUGAAAGGAUUAGCGAAUGAAAUUUUCUUUGGAGUCUUUCCGUAUUUUAGAUUCUUUACCAUUGCUUUUUAUUUAUGUAAUUAAUUGCAAAUGUAUGGAAACCUACCAGUAUUAUAAUUUCCUUAAAGCCAUACAAAUAGUGAAUGAUAAUUAAGAAUUUUUGGCUAGUUUUAUGUAUUAUCUAAAGCAAGUGUUGGCAAACUUUCUGUAAAAGGCCAGAUAGUAAAUAUUUUAGGGUUUUUUUGUGGGCCAAAAGGCAUAAUUGAGAGUAUUAUAUAAAAAGAGAGAAACCAAAUUUCACCAAGUUUCUGUUAACAAAAUUCAAACUAUAAUAAUAAUUGAGUACAUUGUUUUUUAAUAUAUGUCAACUAGUGAGAAGAAUGGCAUUCUUUUUUUGAGGGGAUAACAUUUCGCUUAAUUGGAGUUCCAAGUUAGUGCUCCUUAUCAAAAUCUUUUGCAAGUGUUCAUCUAUUAAUGCUGAAUUGAAAUGAAAUUUUACAUAUUUCAUCUUUGAAAGUACCUUUUCACACGUACAGGUACUGCCAGAUACUAGUAUCAGUCCAUAAGCAUAUGCUUUUAAUGAAACAUAUUCAUUCCUUAGAAGGCAUUUAUAGAAUUCUGUUAGAUUGUUUUCUUGAUAUUUGCCUUUUAGCAUAUCAUUACAUUGCAGAGUUAUCAUUUUCAAUUGAAGGUUAGGUAGAAGCUCCUCAGUUGCACAGUUAAAUUACUUUUGAAAUAUGGAAUUCGCCUUUGCAUUGCAUUGAGUUUCAAAAAAUACUGCUUUGACUGUAGCUUGAGCUCGGAAAACAUUUCUGCUGCAAAUUAUGUGAGAAUGGAGAUCUUAUUUCUUUGACAGCACGAGAAAUGUACAAAGCAGUUUGACAUUACUUACGAUUACAUUUUUAGUUAUUGUUGAAAUUACUUUACCGCAGUAUAAGUUUAACAUACAUAAGCACUGUUUUGCCUUGUAAUUUUAGGCUGAAUACAUUAGGAAACAGUAUCAAGUCUGCAGCAAAAGCUAAUUUCCCAAGCCAUUCAGUGUUUAAUAAUAGUAAUUGAGGUCAGUUCAUUUGGGAAAAAAUUCAGCUUUGGCCCUGAGCACCAAAAAAUCAAAAUAAAACUACCGCUGAUAAGCCAUGAAACUGCUGUGUGGUAGGGCAAAUCAGGAUAUUCAGCUUAUAUUUUGACAGAAAUUCACAGAACUGAUGAUGGUUAAGUCUACAGAGUGAGUGGUUACUGGUUCAAUAACAUGAUAGAUUAAAUAUUUUCUGCAAAGUACCUGCUGAUGAAUAUGAUAGUGAAUAACCGUAGACUUCAAACACCUUAACAUUUUCACGAUCUGUAUAAAUUUGUCUUUUUCUGCUCCAUACAUUUUUACCACCAUCUGAGUUGUAACACAUCUUCGCAGAUACCACUUCAGGUUGUACUGAAUUACUGUUCCCUCAACUUUGAAAAUGUUCUCACCUCAGGUUGUUCUAGGCAGACUGCUCAUAGAGCCUAACUUCAGUUACUUCAAACUCCUUGAAUAAAAAAAACAACUGAACGGUAUUGGUAGCAUUGUUGACUUAUCAAAAACCAAGAAAAACCACUCAAAAUAAUUUGCCUUGUCUUCAGUUGAUUAUUGAUGUUGCUCCCAAUAUCCUCAACUUUUUGAGCAACUGUACUCACUGAAAGGCUAAUCUUAAAUGUAUUUUUUCUGAACACAUUUCUUCAGUUGCUGUGAUCAAACACAGUUUAACUCACCAUGGUUAAAUGGCUUUCCUUGCUUAGCUAACAAAAGCCACUUGGAAACUUAAAUUUGGUUGAAGCCUUGUUGUCAUUAUUUUUAGAAAGAAAUAUUUUGUAAUGAGCUGUUUCAUUUUAAAUUUUCUAAUUUUUCAGACUGUAGCUGUCCUAUGAGUUGGGAAUAUUGUCAUGAGUGCUUAGUCUGGUGAUGUCAAUGUAUAUUUAUUACUUUAGCACAGUCACAGUGUCAUUGCAAAAUAAACACAAUUCUUUGCCAUGUGAUAUGAUAAAAAUAAACCACACUUCACUGUACCUUUAAGUAUGACAUUCAAAGUCCACUUUCCUUUUGACAUGAUGAGUAUGUACUGGUAGUAAAAUGUCACAGUAUGGUGAUACUUACGGCACUCAACGCUGUCAAGUUAUAACUGCAUCACUGCAGUUUAUCAUGCACAGAUCAGAGGUGCAAAGCAAUGAGAGUGCUGCAUGCAGUGUCUGUUGCAACUACUCAGCUCUGCCAUUGUAGCACAAAAGUAGACACAGAUGAUAUGUAAAUGAAUGUGUGACUGCAUUGAAAUGAAACUAUGGACACUUAAAUUUGAAUUUCAUAUAAUUUUCACAUGUUGUAAAAUAUUUUUUAACCCUUUAAAAUUAUGAAAAACAUUCUUAGAUUGGAAGCAGAAUAAAAGUAGGGAUGGAUUUGGUCUGAGAUAUAGUUUGCCUACCCUGGCCUGGCCUUUUCCCAGUAUUUAACAGUGCUUUUUCAAGAGUUUUUCUGUCAUGAAAUUUCAUUCGUUUGAGGUCUUAAAAUCCACAUCUUGACCUGCUUUCUGGGUUUUCACAUAAUUAAAUCUGUUACGUAGAAUGCAUACUGACUAUUCUGUUUUCAAGAUUGGUGGUCUCCUUUCUCCUUUUAGAUAAUUUUCCACUUGUUCAUCAAGAUGGAAAACUCAGAUUCCAAUGAUAAAGGAAGUGGUGAUCAGUCUGCAGCACAGCGCAGAAGUCAGAUGGACCGAUUGGAUCGGGAAGAAGCUUUCUAUCAAUUUGUAAAUAACCUGAGUGAAGAAGAUUAUAGGCUUAUGAGGGAUAACAAUUUGCUAGGCACCCCAGGUGAAAGUACUGAGGAAGAGUUGCUGAGAAGACUACAACAAAUUAAAGAGGGACCACCACCACAAAACUCAGAUGAAAAUAGAGGUGGAGGCUCCUCAGAUGAUGUAUCUAAUGGUGACUCUAUAAUAGACUGGCUUAACUCUGUCAGACAAACUGGAAAUACGACAAGAAGUGGGCAGAGAGGAAACCAAUCUUGGAGAGCAGUGAGCCGGACUAAUCCAAACAGUGGUGAUUUCAGAUUCAGUUUAGAGAUAAAUGUUAACCGUAAUAAUGGGAGCCAAAAUCCAGAGAAUGAAAAUGAGCCAUCUGCAAGACGGUCUAGUGGAGAAAAUACGGAAAAUAACAGCCAAGGGCAAGUGGAAAAUCCACGAUCUGAAUCGACAUCUGCAAGGCCAUCUAGAUUAGAACGGAAUUCAACUGAAGCAUUAACAGGAGAAGCCCCACCUACCAGAGGUCAGAGAAGAGCGAGAAGCAGAAGCCCAGACCAUCGGAGAACCAGAGCGAGAGCUGAAAGAAGUAGGUCACCUUUGCAUCCAAUGAGUGAAAUUUCACGAAGAUCUCAUCAUAGUAUCUCAUCUCAGACUUUUGAACACCCUUUGGUAAAUGAGACUGAGGGAAGUUCUAGAACCCGGCACCAUGUGACAUUGAGACAGCAAAUAACUGGACCUGAGUUGCUCAGCAGGGGUCUUUUUGCAGCUUCUGGAACAAGAAAUGCCUCUCAAGGAGCAGGUUCUUCAGACGCAACUGGCAAUACUGAAUCUACAGGAUCAGGACAGAGACCUCCAACCAUAGUCCUUGAUCUUCAAGUAAGAAGAGUUCGUCCUGGAGAAUAUCGGCAGAGAGAUAGCAUAGCUAGCAGAACUCGGUCAAGGUCUCAGACACCAAACAACACCGUCACUUACGAAAGUGAACGAGGAGGUUUUAGGCGUACAUUUUCACGUUCUGAGCGGGCCGGUGUGAGAACCUAUGUCAGUACCAUCAGAAUUCCCAUUCGUAGAAUUUUAAAUACUGGCUUAAGUGAAACUACAUCUGUUGCCAUUCAGACCAUGUUAAGGCAGAUAAUGACAGGUUUUGGUGAGUUAAGCUACUUUAUGUACAGUGAUAGUGAUUCAGAGCCUAGUGGCUCAGUCCCAAGUCGAAAUAUGGAAAGGUCAGAGUUACGGAAUGGAAGAGGGAGUUCUGCUGGUAAUAGCAGUUCUGGUUCCAGUUCUAGUUCCAGUUCCAGUCCUAGUUCCAGUUCCAGUGGUGAAAGUUCAGAAUCUAGCUCAGAGAUGUUUGAAAGCAGUAAUGAAGGAAGCUCAUCAUCAGGCGCCAGGCGAGAGGGUCGACAUAGGGCCCCAGUAACAUUUGAUGAAAGUGGCUCUUUGCCCUUCCUUAGUCUGGCUCAGUUUUUCCUCUUAAAUGAGGAGGAUGAUGACCAACCUAGAGGACUCACCAAAGAACAAAUUGACAACUUGGCAAUGAGAAGUUUUGGUGAAAAUGAUGCAUUAAAAACGUGUAGUGUUUGCAUUACAGAAUAUACAGAAGGCAACAAACUUCGUAAACUACCUUGUUCCCAUGAGUACCAUGUCCACUGCAUCGAUCGCUGGUUAUCUGAGAAUUCUACCUGUCCUAUAUGUCGCAGAGCAGUCUUAGCUUCUGGUAACAGAGAAAGCGUUGUGUAAUUAAGAUCCGAACUCUCAGCUAUAUAGCUGGUGUAGUGAUGGGCAAACAGGAAUCACUUGCUUUAUGUCCACUUUUUGAGUGGUGCUUAAAUGUAAAGUAACAACCUGAAUUGAGUCAUUGCUUUCUGAAUGAAUUACUGUCCUUUCUCCAAUUUCUGUUCCAGAAUAAAAGGAAAUAUUUAAAAAGCAACGUUUUAGGGCCUACAAAUCUGAUUUCAGUAUCAAUUGAAUCCAUAGCAUCUCUAUUACUGAUAAUUUAUCAUAUAUACUUGUUUCUCCCUUGUUAUGUUAAAAGACCUGCCUUAGCAAUGGCUCCUAUCUGUUUCAUGUUGAUCUUUAAAGUUUCCCACGCCAUAGGAGAGAGGGGCGAAGGAAAUUCCCAGUUUAGACUAAGUUACAGUACAUGUUUCAUAAGUAAGUACUUAAAGCUGUACUAUUUCCAGUUAUUAAUUUGAUGCAAAUCCAGCUACAUUAUGAAUAUCAUUUGUUCACCUUUCAUUUUAGGUGAUAUUGGACAUGUCAGUGUAAAUAACACUAAGGUUAGGAUCUUCUAAGUGUAUAACUGUCUCCUAAGCCCAUCACUUGUGGCACACUGUAGAGUGAGCUUUUAGUUUAAUUGAGAUAUUUAUCUUGUGGAAAUAUUAAAAAGCCUAUGCUUGUGUAAGUGAAAAAAAUCAUGUUCAUUUGUUUAAAAAUGUAAAGCUAUUUUGUAGAGGCUCAGUACUUUUUCCAAUGCACUGUUGUAUUAAUGCAUUAAAAAUUGUAAAGUACCAUGCUUAGAAAUGAGAAAACUGCUUUUUGUGAGCCAGCAUAGUAAAACACACAUCAAACAAAGUACAAAGCUGCUUUUGUAAGUGUGUAGAUGUCAAGAGCAGAACAUAUCUAAUAAUAUUUAAUGUAUGUGAAUAGUUAACUGUGACAUGCAAAGGAAAGGACAGUGCAGAAUUGAACUGCAUUAAAAACCAAUGGAAAUUGUGUAUUUUAACUUGGAUUUAGGCAGGAAAUGAAAGAUGGAAAGAGUAAAGAAAUCUGCUCUGAAAAAUUUAAACUGAGAUCAGCAGACGUUUGACAAAGUAUUCUACUUGAGUAGGUGAAGUAGAAGAUUGACAAAUUUGGCAAAGUUUUGUUUUAAGAAAAACCACUAUCACCUAGCACAAGUUAAAUUGAUAUUUUUUACAAGUCUGUCUCAAAAAAAUGAGAUAAAAAGUGGGGGAAAUAGACUAUAAACCACUUUUAGCGUAAGAAUUGAAGUUGGUACAGAUGUGUGUGCUAACAGGCAAAUCUCAAAUUUGUAGUUUUCGAGGUUUAUCAUUUAAGGUACCAAUGCACACUUGUUGAUUUUUAAAGACCAGAUGAAGGAUUGAGGGAUUUUGAUCACUCUCUGUUGAAAGUGAGUCAGAUUGUUUUAUUUGAAAUUCAAAUUUUAAUUGUGCUGUCCAUAUAUGAUGAGAGUGCUACUCACUGUAUGGGACAUGCACUUUAUAUUGUUUUCUUAGUAGUAAGAGUAGAUUUGUGAAGAACCUCAAAACUCUUUGCCUAAUUUCUCUUUUGAGUCUGGUUGGGAUUAGAAUUAGUCUGACUGUGGAGCAGAUGUUUGUUUUUCUGGGGAGAAAACUAACAGGCCCAAAGGGAUUGAACACGUCCUUGGCCUUUUAAGAAAGUGAGCUAACUAACCAGACAUAGUCAAAUACUCUGCAAAAUAAACAAGUCUGCUUUAGAAAUUAUCUGGCUACCUUAAAUGUUAUCACUUCAGCUGUAAAGAUUUUUUCAAAGCUCGUUCUUUUCUCUGGCUUUCAAUCCUACCUAAGUAUCAAGGAAAUUAACUUGUAAAUAUGGUAGUUGUUUACUAAGGAUAUGUACUGCUCUUGCAAGGAAAUAAUGUCCAAACAAAGCUUUACUUAUUUUUUUUAAUAUAAGCAGAUUUCACUGUUUAUGGCGCUUAUGUAAUACAUUUUAUCUUUUUAAAAAAUUGUCCACGUAAAAGUCAGGAUUCCUUUAUAUUUGUGAGCCUCCUUGUCUCCUUUCCUAAGGGUAUAAUCUACAGUUUUCAGAUCUGCAGGGUAGUCCUGAUUGGCUAAAAACAAAUCAUUUUCCUCUUGAUAAAAAAUGUUCCAUUAUUACAGAGGUGUUCAUUUUAAAUAGUUUAUAAACAACUGCAGUACAUUCUAAGCAUAAAAGAAAGUUAUUGACAACAAGUACCUCCCUAACCUCCCAAGAUGUAUUAAUCAUUUGUGAAGUAUUAAAGUAAGAGGUAACUCAUGCAUUAAAGUAAGAGGUAACUCAUGCAGAAUGUUGGUUAUGAAUGUACAUAUUGAAGUUAUUCAUAAACGCUGGAAAUAGAAUUCUAAGUUUAUAGCUUUCAGUAGAAUGCACAUAUUUGACAUGUGCAUGUGGGCACCUUUUAGCACUCAUUAAUUUCCAUUGGAUUGUGUAGAAUGAAUACAAGUGUUUUAGUGGAAUUUGCUACUUAAUUUUUUUUAUUUUGCGAAGUCCAUGACUAAUAUAUACUUACUAGGGUUGUAGACCUUGAAGACAAGGCCAUUUGUAGGUGACAAAUGUACAACGAAGAACAGAAAUCUUUUUUCCCACCAGCAUCCAAACACCUGUUGAGGGAGCAUUUUCUUGCAAAAGACUUUACAUUUCAUUUUGUACCUUUGCACUUUUUCUUUAUUAUAGAAAGGUUCUGUCUUUGAGACUUAGUUUGAACUUCAUGCAAUAAUAAUAAGAAAAAACAAUGUUAGGAGAUUACAUUGUAAAGCAUAGGGAAAAGUACUAAAAACUGAAUUUCCUUGAAUAUUUCAGAUAUUUUCAAAAAUUUACUAGUCUGAAAUGUUUGAAGUGUUUUGUUGUUUAACUCCAAGCUGUUGACAAGAUUGAGAUUUAUUAGUACUAGAAACAAAAUUGAACAAGUUAGGUUCAAAGUCUGCAGACCUAUUUGUAGCAACACAAGAAAAUGAGCCAUGUUGUUAAUUUGGAAUAUUUGCUCUAAAAAGAACACAUUAGUUAUACCUCGUUGGUGUUAUUGGAGGUUGGGAUUGAGAGAAAAGUGUUCAUAUUAGUGUUGGAGUGUAGGGUAAUAAUUGUACAGUUAACAAACGUUUAGCGUGUGUGUGUAUAUAUGUGUAUGUGUAUAUAUGUAUGUAUAUAUACAUAUACAUAUAUAUUUCUUUUAAAACAUUAUUGGAAUUCAUCCAGACUUUAAGAUUAGGAAACUCAUUAGCUAUUAGUGUUACCUCAAGUAGUCGAUUUUUAUUUCCCACUGGGAAAACAUGUCCUUUCCAUACCAGGUAUUCCCUACUGUAGUGUCAGUGUCUCAAAUUAUAUUUAUGAAGGGUUAUCACUUAAUAUGCUGUGUAUUUAACCACCUGCUUCCCAAAUGUCCAUGACAUGAAGUGGGUCAGGCAUUAGCCAUGACUUUCAGUCAUUUACCAAAAUACCCAUGUGAUAGGGAGGUGAAUGUUGCGAAAUGCCUCUUAAAGGGCCGUUUUUAACAGCUUGCUAGAAUAGAGUGGCACCUUGUGGUUGUUAUUGAUACUUUUAAAGACUGAGGAUGUAUUCCCCCCCCCCCCACUUUUUCUCCUUUGUUCUUUUGUGAACAAAAAAAUUCAUAAUCUGCCUUAUUUUUUAAGUUUUACCUUAACUGGCUUCCCUGUCAAAUGUAUUACCAAUACUAAGUACAUAGAAGCCACGUUUGCAGGGCACUUUUAUUCUUUCCUUGUCUUGUAAGACUGUGCUGAUUGCUACUUUCUGAAGUAUUCUGUACCUUAGUAAUGAAAGAGAUUGAUAAGGCACACAUUAAAGUGUCAGGUUUUUUUUUUUUAAUAGUGUAAUUCUUCAGUAUGUUUAAUAUUCAAUUACAGUGUGUAAUUCAUUGAGUUAACUAGUAAAUUGUGUGCUUUUGAAAAAAACACUUGAAAAAGUAAAUCAACAUAACAUGCUUCAUUUGGAAAGUUAAAGUGCAAGGUCCAAGGAACCAGUGUUUCAUUUAUUUUUAAGUCAGAUUUUUUUAUAAGCAACUAAAAAGCUGUGGGUUUGGUGCCUGCCCUUUAACCAUUCUUAACUGGAAUAUUUCUAAAAUAUUAUCUAAUUUUCCCAAAAAGUGAUCUCACUUGAUUUAAGUAACCCCACUUUGAAUCUAUAAGUCUGCAGCAUGGACUAGAGCUGUUAUUGAGGUGUUAGAACUCUCAAAGGAUAAUAACAGAACAGUUUAUAUCAGUUUUAUGAUUUUUUUUCCAUGUCUACGUAGGUGUUUUCAUUCAGUUCUGAAGGAAAAAGGCAUAUCCUCCAACACCCUCAAGUAAAAUUCCAGUGAGAUAUUUGGUUUUGAUUAGGGUUUGUUUAAUAAAGACCCACAGCUGCUUUAUUGUCACUUGGGUUAAGUGAUAGAUAUCUCAAAGACAUGCAGUGAAAGUUAACCCCGUCAUACCACUGUACCUAGUUAUUUCAAGGUUUCUGUCAGUUUCUCAUCUUGAAGAUUAUUUCGGUUGCAAGGCAUGGUUGACCCAGCUACCCAGCCUUAACUCUGUAUUUAGUGCCCCUUUAACAUUCUUUUAACAAUUGAUUUGUAUGUGUUUUAACUAUCCAGUGUUUGGAUUUUACCUCUUGAUAGCUUCAUUUGUCCCUGGUGCUGCUUUUAAAGAUGCAGGGCCAUGUGAUCAGGUAUCAAGUUGAGUAGGUAUGUGGUUGGCCUGGUUAUGUAUCUGUGCCUGUUUUAUUUUCUCCCAGGAACAGCUACUUUGGUAUAAAUGUUUACUUGGAUUCAUAUAAAUAACUAGGCAGCAAUCUUGGAAAGCUUUCUGAAGCCUAAAGUGAUUUGGAGAACCUGAAGUGAUUUGGAGGGAGAACAGUAACAAAGGCUGCGUUUAUGUCUUUGAACAUGAAGCACAUAAAUGUAUGUUCUAUAAAGACGAAAGUGAUUGUUAUACCAGGGCUUCCUGACCUCUGGGAGAGACUUUCCAAAAAGCAGAGAGGAGCACAAAGUGAAGUGAAUUUGGUUGGCUUGCUUUAUCUGGUUUCUCAGUUUCAAUUUAAACCUGAACAUAGUACCCUUCUCCAGUAUCUAUCCAGCAGACUCCCGGUUGGGAAGCCCUGUAUUAAAUUUUGAGAAUGUACCCAGUUUUCUUUUUUUGUGCAGUGCUUUACACCUGCUAAAAUUAAUUUGUUUAAUGCAAAACUAGACCUUGAAAGGUCAGUCAUAUUAAAGCUGGUUUGAUUAUUAAUAGUUAUCUUUUAGGAAGAAGCUUUUUCCCUCUGUAAGAUGUCAUACUGCAGAUUUAAAAUAUAGACUAUCAAUAAAAUGCAUGAAGUGAUCAUUUGUGCUUGAUCAUCUCUCCUUGGGCUUUUCUUUUAAAAGGGGAAUCUGAUAAAGGUUCUGUUUCAAACCAAUGUCAAAUAGACUUGAUUUUUAGAAUCAAGUGGAAUUACAGUUCAACCUUGAUUUUGAUUCCCCUCAUUACUAAGACUGGGCAGGUACUGGCUUAUGUGAUAUAACGUCCAUUUUAUCUGUGUUGUGUAGUUUAAUGGCUUUCAGUGGUAAUAAAAAAUUAAACUAUAUUCCAAUACAAGAAUCCUGGAAAGAUUUAUGUAAAUGCAUUUUAAAUAAGUGCAUCUUUGCUGUUUCCUACAUUCUCACCAUUGCCCUGACCACUCCUUUGCUUGACCUCUAUACAAAAACUUUGUAGGUAUGCAUGUGUAGUCAUGAAGCUUCUGUCUUCCAUCUCUACCUCCAACCUCAUACACAUGUUCCCUAAGCCACUAAGAAGUCCUUGUUUCUUAAUGGAUCAUCACAUUCUGAUACCUAGAUGAAACUUCCCCUUGGUGUUGGUAUUCAUUUAAGCAGGUGGUGAAUUUUAUUAUAGUUUCGUUUCCCUUGGUGCCUGUGUAGCUCUGUCAUUGGCAUCGGAACUCAGUUCUCAUGAUAGUUUUAAUGUGGUCAACUCAUGACCUUCCCAGGGUUUUAAUUUUAGUGUAUUUCCUGAUUCUCCUCUUUGAAACUCAAGAACACCACUGAAAAGUUAACAUUCUAGACAACAAAGUAAACCAAUGCACAGGCUUUUUUUGUUUGUUUUUCUUUUUUUUGAAAGGAAGUGCAAAGGACUUAGAUCCCUAGAACAGAAGCUUUAAUAAAUCAAGGUGGAUUAUAAACUGGACUCUUAAUGGUCACUAAAAAAUAUGAAAUGAAAGCUAAGCUUUGGGCCCGGUUUUGUUGAGGUCUUUGAAUUCAGGCAAGAUUUAAACCUAACACCUUGGAAAUGGAUUACUACUAGCUAUAUUAAAAAUAGCUAAAAUGUACUCAUUGCUAACAGACAUUGUACUAACCAUUCUAUAUAAAUUAAUCCUCAGUAACUGAGGUGUAAGCAUUGUUAACCACCCUGUUUUACAGAUGAUGAUGCUGAGAUACAGAUGUUUGAUUUGCCCAGGGUCACAUAGUAACGUGGCAGUGUAUUUCCACCCAGGUUUCUGAUUCCAGAGCUUAUUUUCAUUGUGCUGUGAAUAAACACAUUGGUUUUGGCUGCCUUGCCAAGGAAAAAGAGGGCCAAUAAUUUCUCAGAAAGAGCAAAGAUUACAUAUCGUAAAUUCAGUAAAUCUCUUAGGGCAUUACCAAAUAUACCUUAGCACUCUGAAUAAUGUGACCCUCCAUCUUGGUAGGUUAAGUGUAUCUUGUAAUUAGCCCUAGUGCAAAAGGUAUCAAGAUGUUUCUGAAAGUUUGGAAGUAGGCUGAAGUAAAAGCUUGAGGAUGAUUUUAAUAAUGGACGGAUCCCUGGCAGUGCAACGAUUAAGUGCUCGGCUACUAACCAAAAAGUUAGCAGUUCGAACCCACCCAGUGGCUCCAUGGGAAAAAAACCUGGCAAUCUCCUCCUGUAAAGAUUACAGUCUAAAGAACACUAUGGGGCAGUUCUACUCUGUCAUUUGAGGUCACUAUGCAUCGAAAUCGACUCAAUGGCACCUAACAAUGACCAUCUCAGCUCCUUAUUACAAAUAUUGCUCUUGGCCUAAAUUAUGAUUUGAUUUGAAAUAUGAAAUGACUAGUCAUUGCGGCUGACUUUUUUUAAAAAUUGCUUACAGUAUAUUUGGAACUUGUUUAAAAUUGUUUUCAGAGAAUAGCCUUAUUCAGUGUGCUCCCUUUGUCACCCUUGAGGUGAAUCUUGGCUGUUUUCCAAGAAUUAUUUUUUUCCCAGUGGAGAUUUGCCUGCCUUAAGCAUAUUCAGAAGAAUGUACCAUGCAUUCUAAAGGCAAUCACAAACAAGGCAUUUCAAAGAAUAUGUGUAGAAUUUGUAAACAGCUGCCCAAGUGAGUGCUUUGAAGAGAUUAUCAUGCCUCAUUCAACAUUUGAAGCACAGGGAUAUAAUCCCCACCCACAAGGAGCAGGCAUUUCAGUGAGGAGACAUGUAAAUAGAUAAAAUAUUAUAAAAACCUAAAGAGUUGUACAUCCUAUAUCCAUCCCAUUCAAAUAUUUCGUAAUCGUACUAGAGCUAGUGCAACAUUUGAGGGGAGCAGUGAAAGAUAAUGGGUUGAACAAAGGCUCAUCUGAAUUAGAGUGUUCCCUCAGCUAAUGUUUGUUGUGUUCCUUCUACAUCCUAGGCAUUGUGCUGGUCUGAGGUUUUUCUUCUGGUUUUGGCAGGAUGGAGAUCUGAAGUCUCCGAAAUACUGAGUUUUUCAGUGAACAGUGUUGGUGACUGGUAUCUACUUAAUUUUUAAAGUCACAAUCCAUCUCCUAUAUGCACCAAAUAUUCUAGAACAACGCCAUCAAUAGAAAAUAUAAUGCAAGCUACAUGUACUUUUAAGUUUUCUAGCAGCCACAUUACAAAAGGUAAAAAGAUACAGGUCAAGUUAAUUUUAAUAAUUUUAUUUAACCAAAUACACACAAGAUAUUAUUUCAACAUGUAAUCUAUAUAAAAAUUAUUGAGAUUUUUUUCAUAUUGAGUCUUCAAAGUCUGAUAUGUGUUUUAUGCUUAUACAGUACAUCCCAAUUUGGACUAUUGCUCAAUAACCACAGGUGGCUAAUGGCUACCAUGCUGGACAGUGCAGUUCUAGAGCAAUAUGGGAGAGAAUGAUUAAAGUGGAUAGGAUGCAAGUGGCAAUGAGUUUCAAAAGUUCACCUGUUGAUACGGAUAGGCACGUCAUAUCUGCUCACCUACACUACCCCAGAACUAAGUAAGUAUUCUUUUAAUUAUGUCUCAAAACUGUGUCCAUAGACAAAAAAUGUCUAUCCAAGCUUACAAAACUAUCUCCUCCCCUUCUUUUGAGGUUAAAAGAAUACACUCCUUAACAAAGCUUGAAAUCCAGCUGUUAUGAAUUAGCAAAAGACCUCACCUGGUAAUGGUUGAGGAUCCCAUGAUUAGAAGUUAGGGAAGCCCAUCACAACUGCAGUGUUAUGUAGCAGCCAAUAGAAAGCAGUUGUCACAUUUGUUGUUGCAGGAGUGAGCACCCAAAAUUUUUACAUGGAAUCUUAGUUCAAUUCCUAAUAGAUGUUAAAAUAAUACAAAUAAUUUCCAAGCAGUUUAUCAUCUGAAAUAGCCACAUUUGAAUAUUCCUGGCAUUUGUUAGAAACAGCUCACCUAAAUUAACAAAGUUUUUGUUGGUUAGAUGGUUUAAAUGAUAAUAUGUAUGUUUAAAUGAGUUUCUUGGGGUGGAGGGGGGACAACUUCAGAAUACAGGCCCCAAUGAAAGCAAGUAUUUCCUAACUCCCAAGUCUCUGGUGCCAUUGCUGAAAGUGGGUGAUUAUGUUCUUGUUUUGUUUGGCAACAUGGAGUGAAAUCUUAAUAGCCCUGUGAAGAAAGAGCCUUUGGAGUUGAGGUUUUUGGAAAAAGCUGAUUCAUUUGGCUUGGCUUGGCUUGUAUUUUCUGUGUGAAUGUAACAGCAUUUUCUGUGGGCUUUUUAUUUAUAAGAAUCUGAGAAUUGAUUUAGUAGUAAGAAGGUAAAUGUUGGUUUCUAGAUUGUGUGACUCAAACUUGUCUCCAUCACAUGAAUCUGGCUGCUUACUUGAAAGAAGCCAAAAGAACACAUCACCCAGCUUUUUUUUUUUUUAAACAGAAUUUUGGGUGUAAUCCUCUGGAUUAAAGGUAAAAAUUAAGAAAAAGUCAUUUCUUCUUGCCUUGGCUCUACCCUUUCCUGGGAGAAGGAAAGGAAUGGAACAAUGUCUGAGGCUCCGUUAGCACAAAGGUACAGGUUUGUUUCUAAGAAUGAGAAACCAACUCAGCAAUUAGGCCCAAACUUUGCUCUAUUGCUUUGAUGAAAAAUAAAUUCUUUCCCCUGUUGAUUAAGGUAUCUUCUCCAGCAUCUGGGUUAAUCCAUUUCUCUAUAUUUGAAGAGGAGUAGCACCCACAUAUUUAAACAGGAAAGUCACUCAGUCUAAUCUGCUAAACAAAUACAUUCUAAGCUUCAUUUUACUAUUAAAAAAAAUUGCCGUCGAGUCAGUUCCAACUCAUAGUGAGUAGAACUGCCCCAUGGGGUUUCCAAGGAGCGGCUGGUGGAUUUGAACUGCUGACCUUAUGGUUACCAGCCAAAUGCUUAACCACUGUACCAUCAUGGCCCCCAUUUUACUAUAGGUGUUAUUUAACAGCCCUUGUUCAGACAUGGGCAGACUGGACCCUUCCUUCUUUAAGACUGAGGUCAAAACCACCCAGAAAAAAAAAAAUGAAGAUGGGAAGGGCCUUCUUGUUCUUUCCUUCUGUCUCAUCCCAAGGUGUUCUUUCAUUCCACACACACUAUUGGUACAUUUGAUUUCAAACACCAUAUAAAUUAACUGUACAGAAUAUAUUAACUAGGCCUGGCUUAAGCCUUAUUUCCUGUUCAGACAUGCCAGUUUAUAAACCUGAGCUUAGAAACUCAAGCCGGCUAGAUUCCUGACUGCCUGACAUCUUUGUGAAUGACUGAAAUAUCUUCCCACAACUGUUCCAAACAGGUACUGUGGGACCCAGUAUAAAGCAUGCUGUGAUUUACAGCACUCACCUCCUCCAGUCACCACCACUCCACACUGUCCCAUGGAAAG